AUGGCCCUCAAAUACAUUCCAUUAACGGACUUCCGGCUUCCAAACUACCCAGACGCACCUUUGAUUGUCGAUGGCGCACCCCUCAGCAUUAUCGACACAGAAUCUCUAGUAUCAGAAACUACUAUGAGCAACAAAAACAUCACCAUCCCCCCAGCAAUAGGCAUAGCAACCCUCCUCUAUAACUGGCACCCCAACGCCCUCGCCGCGUUUCUCGAUCUCGACGCCUGGUUCUCAUUCACAUGGACCGUCUCCAUCGAACCAGACACGCCAUCAGGCUGCAAGAUAGAAAUUGGGCGUAUCGGCAACCAAAUCACAUUCGGCCAGCUCGAUGCAAGUGGCGAGAACUGGGCGAUAAUGUUAACCUACAACAUCGAAGAUGAACCAAAAAAAGGAACCUGGAUCCCCAACCCAAAAGAAUCCAUGCUCGGCCCCCGCGACAUCACCUCGGCACUCCUAAUCCCGCGCCUCGCCUCGGCCUUGCUCCUCGGCCUCGUCUCCUCGCGCCGCUGGGAAACCGGCCGCAAAAUAAAACACAACCUAUGCAUCGAAUACGCCCCCAUGGAUAUCUGGGGCGACGGCAUUCCCAUGUCCCCCCACUGGUUGUACGCGCCGCUCGACCUCACCCAGUGCACUUUCUGCGCCGCAGCAGCCAAGGACAAGGCGUUGUUGCAGCGCUGCGGGAAAUGCGGGACCGCGACGUAUUGUUCGGAUGCUUGUCAGAGGGGUGAUUGGAAGGUGCACAAGGGGGUUUGCACAAUGGGCUUGGAAGAUAGGGGCCAGGCGAUUCGGUUGGUGGAGAAGGGGGGGUUGAUUUGUUGGGAUGAGGAGAGGAUGUUUGCGAAGGAGGGCGAGGGGAGUCGGAAUCCGUAUUUUGGGGGGGUGGUGGGGAAGAGGUCUAAGUCUGGGAAAAGUAAUGAAUAA